CCUUCUCUAUGUCUUUGGAUUUAUUUUUUCACAGAGACAUUUUCCUUUCUCUACUUUAUGGUUUUUACACUGGAUCAGAAUCUAUGAUCAGAAUAGAUAUAUUUUUGAUAAAGAGCGAUUAAAAUUAUUACUGCAAUCAAAAUAUGGUAAAUACGUGUUUUUCGUGUAAAUGGAGGAAUGGUAAAUUUCCUCGAAGAUCUUUUCACAGCAAAUGUAACAGAUUCCCAUUGAAGCAGGAAUUGAGGCAGAAAUGGUUGGAUAUUUUGGGAAAGAGCAAUAUCUCCAUUGGAAAACACACAACAUUAUGUUCUAUACACUUUGAGGAAGACUGUUUUCGUUAUGGCCUAAUUUACGGAACAAGAAUAUUAAAGGAUGGCAGUUUGCCAACUCGACAUUUAACAAAAAUUAAAACAGAAAAUCAAGUCCUUGAUUCAAGUCAAGAAAUUAAACCACCUGAAUCUAUGAUGGAAAAUAAUCUCAAUAUGCAUCUUCCAAUAAUAGACAAUGUGAAGACAGAGUUGAAUAUUGCAGACAAUUGGAUGAAAAGUUCAACUUCCGACUUGGACAUUUCAACUAGCCACACACAAGUGAAAAUAGAAUGUUCUACGUUUGAUGAAUCGUCUACAAAAAGCAGCCUAAUUGAUGAACAGCUGGAUAUCAAAAAAGAAGAAGAAUAUUGAGCACUAUUCAAAAAUGACAUCAAUCUCGAUAAGAGUAAAUUCAUAGUUAUACAGGGUUUACAAACGAACAAGAUGCUAGGAGUUUUUCUUGAUUACUACAAUACAUCGAGCAGUAA